CUGGAGUUCACUGUAUUCGCAGAUACAGGAGUAUAAAUAGAGGAACUAGAGUACAGGCUGGAGAGAAUCAAGCAAGCAGCUGUACAAGUCAAGAAACUGAUAUACAAGUUAAAAUAAAUAAAUCAAUUUUAAAAGUCAUGAAUCGAGAAUGGCGGGAAAUUUUCCAGAAGAGGAUAGAAGAACUGGGGAAAAGUGAUAGCUGGCAGAUAGAACGUGAUGAUUCGAUCAUAGCAAACGCUCCAGAACAUGGAUGGAUGGAGUACAUCCGCAACAUCAAUGGGAGGUUCAAAUGCUCAAAGUGCAAGAAUAUGUGGCCCUCAAAAAGGGUGAAGGUGGUGUUUAACAUGCGCCUGAGAACGCAGGAGGAGCGGGGCACCGUCAAGGUGCGUUUCUACAAACAGAAGUGCAAGAGGUGUGCAGAUCCUGAUUUUGAGGAGCCCCGAUUCCGAACGGACAACAUAGACCUGCUUUUGGAGAAGCUAAUGGAGAAAAUUCGAAUCAAGUGCUACAAGGAGGAUUGUGGCGAGAAGGGGAAGUUCUUCCACUUUGAUGGGAAGGUAGAUGGUCCGCAUGAGACCAGCCAUUGUGAGGCCUGUCUCCAAGGCGUCUGCACUAAAAGCUGACUUCUGAACAUUGUCGUGCCACUAACAAUGUCACAUGCAUUCAGCAUAUUGGAAUAUAUAAAACAUAAGAAAUAUACAAUAUUACUAGCAAUGUUGAUGGCGUUUGUGUAUUAAAUUGAAUAUUUUUCAAUGAUCACUACAGAAACAUGAACUGUUCUGAAUGAAUGAAAGUUUCUAAAUCAAAUGUUUGGUUAAACAAUGCACUUGUCAAACCCACCAGGUUGUAAACUGCAACUUAUUUGGUACUGUGUUGUAAGAGGAACCCAGAUACAAUAUAAUUAUAUACUCCUCUAAAGCAAUGCUAUGUUUUCAUCUUCAAUCAAUGGCAGCUUUCAUCUUUAAAAAAUGCUUUUGUUGCUGGUUUAAACUGAUUCUUACAGUAUAAAUCCCCUGUCCCAUGAUCAUGUACUGCCUAAGAGAUUGGGAACUGGAAAACUACUGUAGUAACAGUAGCCUAUUAAAAAAUAUUCAGAGUAAUGAGUAUUUCUGAAUUGCGUUUUCCCCCAUAUAACACUAAGUUACAAAUGCAGCUCAGACGUUGUAACUCACCUUCUCUUUUUUUCUGAAAGAAUGGGAAGAAAAAGGCAUCUUAACUUUGACUAUUUAUUGCAAUAAAAAAGCCCUUGAAAUAUA